AUGAAUGCUAAUAAAGAUUUUUUAAAAAAAGGAACUACUAUUUUGACUACUAAACCAUUCGCUUACGUUCUUAGUUCAAAAUAUAGCAGAGAUCGAUGCGAUCAUUGUUUAAGAAGUGGAAAACUUUCAAAAUGUUCUGCCUGCCAAUGUGUUUAUUACUGUAAUCGUUCCUGUCAACAAGAUGCAUGGUCCAUACACAAGACAGAAUGUCCAAAAUUAAAAAAGGUUUUACCAAAAGUCGUACCAGAUAUGGCACGACUUAUGACUCGCAUAAUUAUAAAACUAAAGCAAGGUGGAGGGGAAGAAAUGGGAUACUACAGUGAAACAAGUUAUAGAAAAUUUAAGGAUUUAAUGUCACAUUACUCUGAUAUAAAGAAAGAUAAGGAAAGGAUGGAACAUUUUAUGUGUCUAUGUGGCAUUUUAAAUGAAUUGUUUGAAAAUGAACCUAUGCCAAGUUAUGUAGAGUUAACAGCUAUUUAUGGCAGAAUUUGUAUUAAUUCUUUUAAUAUAUUUGAUCUGGACAUGAAUAGUAUUGGUGUUGGUAUUUAUUUAGCACCUUCAAUUAUUGAUCACAGUUGUAUGCCAAAUGCUGUAGCCACUUUUGAAGGACCUACUAUAACUAUUAGAACAAUAGUAGAUCUUCCUUGUUUAGAUUGGUCUCAGAUAAGAAUAUCAUACAUUGAUGUACUUAAAACGACAAAAGACAGACGCAUGGAAUUACAAAAUUCAUAUUAUUUUUGGUGCAAUUGUAAAAAAUGUGAACAGCCAGAACUAAUGGCUGAAGCUGCAAUGUGCCCAAACAAGUCUUGCACACAUCCUUGCUCUCCUGACACAGACACAUGUACAAAAUGUGGGACAGAAUUCCCAGAAAAAUUCAAAGAUACCUUUCAUGAGAUAUCUGACUUCACUGCAUAUCAUUUACAAAGCAUGAAGGAUAUGGCUUAUCUGGAUGUAAGCAAGGUAUGCCUAAAAAAACAAGAGGGUGUCUUGCAUCCACUUAAUAUACAACAUGUACAAACUUUACAAAGUGCUUUUGAUUCAACCAUAAGUUUACAACACUGGGAGGAAGCUGAAUCUUAUGCAAAAAGACUUACUAAUGGCUCCUUACUAUAUUACGGUGAAGUACAUCCACUGACUGGAAUAUUGUACCUUAUGAUAGGAAAGAUUCAGUUAUAUUUAGGAAAACCAAAACAAGCUCUAGAACCUUUAAAACGAGCCAAGUCUAUUUUAAUAAUAACACAUGAAGAAAAACAUACUUUGGUUAAAGAACAUUUAAAACCUCUUCUUCAUCAAGCAAUUAUGGAAGAUUUUUGA